UUCCCUUUGCUCUCGACUUACUUAGGGCGACUUACACUGAAGAACCGGGCAAGUCGCGCCGGUCAACCAGCCGACUGGCUUACCUCUUGUCUCCUCUGCACAAGAUAAGAGGAGCCUAGCUCGAGACAUGUCAGCACACGUACCGUCUAUCACGGCGACUUUAUCGGCAAGGAGCCCUCGCUUGGCUGCAGACUCCGCUUCCGCUUCGCUCACGCCUCCGCCUGCACGGCCCUUGACUGAGCGCUUCCAGUACGCCCGAGUGUCCGAAUAUCAUCGCAGCGUUUCCUCCCACGCACCAUUCACCUCCUCCUCACCAUAGCGUCUCCUCUCUCGCAAACAUGACCUCCAACGGCCUCUGUGUGCACUGUGUUUCGGGCACCACGAUGGGCGGCGAGCCCCGCGGGACGAUGGAAAAGAUCGGCCCUUAUCCUACGUACAUUACCCACCCUAGCUCAGGCGCUCCUACGGAUGCCUCUCGCGCGAUCCUGUACGCCUACGAUGCCUUUGGCCUAGGAUUGAACAACAACAAGAUCCUUCCGGAUGUACUAGCGGACAAGACGGGGAUGACAGUCUAUGUUCCGGACAUCUUUGAAGGAGACUGCGUGCCGUCGGAUGCGAUGCGGAUGCCUACGACGGCAAAGGAGACGCGCGAGCAGGGGUAUGUGGCCAAAUUUCUGACCAUGCUGCAGAUCCUGCCACGCUUACCCUGGGCGUACCGCAACUACCCUUAUGCAAAGAGGUUGGCCACGGUGGGAGCUUGGGCGGACGCACUGAAGACGGAGCGCGGCGUGCAGCGUCUAGGAGGCGUGGGCUACUGCUAUGGCGGCAAGAUUGUUGCGAGAAUGGACGCGGCGGGGAAGCUGUCAGCGGCAGUGUACUGCCACCCGUCGUUUAUGAAAAAGGACGACUUUGAAGAGGCCCAAUCCCCUUCGCUGUUCUUGUGCGCGGAAGAGGACAUGGUGUUUGGGCCGGCGCUGAAGAAGACGGCAGAGGAGGUGUUUGAGAGGAGGGGGGAGGUGGUCAAAGGGGAGUUCCACCAGUAUGAGAACACGACUCAUGGCUUCGCUGCUCGACCGAAUCUGCAGGACCCGCAAGUCAAGGCCGCCUUUGAAGAUGCCACGGAAAAGACGGUACAGUGGUUCAAGACGCACCUCUAGAGGAGCGGGUGAACGAGCAGACAAGGAAAGGGAGGGGCACACUAGAGCGAUCGGGCAGGAGCAGAUGGCGGGAGCAACAGAACAGGCAGGUAGUGUUCCGGAAGCGACAAAGUGUAGC